AUGGCCGAGAUUCUUGAGGAAUUCGAUCAGCCAUCUCCUUUACCAGUAGUAUUUUGCCAAAAAAUUCCACUUGAAGAAUAUGAUCAGCACUCAGCAAAAACUACGCGGGCUGCACUGCAAGAAUUGAUGAAUCAUCUUGAUUCAAACCCGGACGAAUAUUAUAAGAUCGUGCGACGAAAGAAAGCUGACAAUCUAAAGUUGCUGCAGUUCAUGAAAGUAAAGGUGAUGAACAAACUGCAAGAUGGUUACUUGGAGAAAUACUUUCCCCCUGAACAGUGUCAGGAAGACCUCGAAAACUUAAAGCAUGAAAUGGCUUCCGCUUAUGACUAUGCUCAAGGUUCGUCAAUUAUUGCUCAUGAAAGUCAAUAAGUAUUAAAUUUUAUGGCAUCAAAAGCGUCACUAUGAGAACCAAAGGGUUCAUUAAUUGAUUUUAUUUUAUUUACUUUACGUGUAUAGUAAGUAAAGGGUCUUUGAUUAAGUGACUGGUUAAAUGAAUGAAUGAGUGAAUAUUUGGAUUAAUUUUUGAAUAAUUGUAUGAGGAUCGUUUGUUUGUAGAAGUAAAAGCUAAGUAGAUACAGUAAAUAUGAUGAUAAUAACAAUGACGAUGGUGCUACAAUAUUUAGCUAUGACUUAUUACCAAGUCAUGUGAUGAUAAAAAUAUAGGAUCCAGUAUAGUUAUUUGAAUAACGAAUCAUUAAUUUAUUGAUUCAUCAAUUUUACAAUUUCAUGUACAGUUUCCUGCACGAUUCUCUUAGCCAUGGUUCUCUCUAUUUACAUGUAAAUCAUGAGAAAAAAUUUCUUUACCCUUUGUUAAGAUGGCAAGAAAACAGGUGUCAGGUUCUCCAGAAGGCUGGCAGAAAAAAGAAAACUCAAAGAUCCUAUAGCCUCAAGCACCCCAAGAAGACCAGCACCGAGUGCACCUCCACCCCCUCCACCACCCCCACCACCACCUCCCCCUAUCAUUAACAUGGUAAGGCAAAAAGUAUUUUACAUUUUGCUUUCCUCAGUAAUGAAAGAUAUAACAAAGAAUCUUCUAACUCUUAUGCUCUUUCAAAACCAUAAAACACAAAACCUGGAUGUUCAUGAUGUUUUCCAUGACCUACAGUCAAAGUGUUGUUCCCAAAAUAAAUGUGGAAGCAGUCAUGUAAUAAAUAUAUAUAUAUUUGUUGGUGCAUCACAAGUUUCCAUGACUUCUCAUGCCUUGAAACUGAUAUUGUUAUUUGUAGAGUUCUGUGACUUUCCAGGUCUUCCAUUUACAAACUCAGAUUGUCAGAUUAUGUUUAUUGUAUUUUUUUAAGGGAUAAACUCUGGGUUCUCUUCUUAUUUUUUACAACCAGUGAGACAAAAAAACUGAAUAAUUUGUGUAUUUUAAUUUUAGUCUACAACUUCACAAGAGUUGAUUUCUCCAGUGACUCUAAACAUUCCUGUCAGGUAAUUUAAUAAGUAAUUAAAUCUGAUCAGAACAUCUCCUUUCUACCAGCUUAAUUUUUUUUCAAAAAUUUGCCUGGAGAAUUGGAAUUUGCAUCAAGAUAUCACCUUUUUAUUGCUAAGUUUACCCAUUCUCCACAUCUGUUUACAGAAUUGCACAAUGUUGACAAUGCAAGGAGGAUUUACACAUUAGUCACUUCCAUAAUUAAUAAAUAAAUUUGACUUAGUUUUUGUGGAGAGAGUUACAGUGACAGUGCAAAGGACAAAGAAUUUCAAGUUAAAUAUAACAGUCUUCUUACAAUGGGUAAAGGAUAUGAUAUUUAUCAAUACAAUGAGUAAAAUGAAGAUCAAAGAAAAUAAUAAAGUAGAAUGGUGAGCUUAAUACCAGACUCAAGUUUAUAAAUUUCUUUUUCACAUGAUAAUCUCUCCACAGGGUAAAACAAUCAGAUUUCCCUGAAACACCUUCGGGAACUUUUAGUCAUGAAAGAAGACUGUUGCAGGCAAUAAGGAAUGUCUCACCAAGGAGAAAACUGCGGGACAAAGCCUCUGAGCAGACCAAGCCUGCAUCAUCAGAAUUGAAAGAAAAUAAUGUCAAGUAUGUGCACUUUGACUGAAACCUGCAUCAGUAAGCAUAACCAUAAUUUUCAAAGGGGGGUCACUGUGUCAAACAAAGGGUACUUGCCAGUUUUCACCACCUGAAUAUUGAGGAUUUUUUGCAUAAAAAAAGCUUACAAAGUGGGGAAAGGGUCACAGGUACCCCUGGACUUCUCCCCUAGCUAUGCCUUUGUGCACUAUAUGCACUCCACUUCAUAAAGCUUAUUUUUUCAUUUAUGAAUAAACUCAGUGUUUUUUUUUUAAUGCAACACUGUAUAUCAUAUUAUAUGCAUAGGUAAGGGAAUUUAUAUGUAGUUAAAAGUCUACAAAUAACUAGUGGGUCUUAAAUGUUAUGAACAUGAGAUUUAUCUUACAUUUGGGAGGCAUACCAGUAAAUCAAGUUUAGGUUUUAACUAGGCUACCUAGGAGUUGUCAUCACUCAGUGUGCUAAUUUAAAAUAAUUUUAGAUUUAGUAAUUCAAGAUAAGUAUCCCAUUGAUCAAAUCUUGACAGAUUUAGGGAUUAUGAUUUACACUUUAAACAUAAAUAGAAUUAGAAAGAUAGUGAGUUUUAAGUUAGGUAAAGAAAUAGAGAAAGAUUUUUUUCAUCUUGUCAUGAGCAUGGGAAAAAGAAAAAAAUUCUGAGUCCCUGUGAGGAAUGGAACCUCAGGCCUUUUGGAUUCUGCGUUUUGAUGCUCUACCACAGAGCCUUAGAGACUCUAUGGUGAGCAAUACCCAUUACAAAGUGAAUAUGACAUGUGUUCUAUAUACAGCUAGGAUCAGUAAUGUAGAUUGCAUCAUGUUUUAUAAACAGAAUAAGAAAGAUGGUUGGUUUUUUUUCUUUUAGCUGCAUGCAUAAAUGCAGCCACCACCAAAUUCCAAUCCAACUGAGGGAAUUAAAGAAACAUAAACCAUCUUUGAAAAUGAUAACAGACUGCAUAUUUGCACAAAAUUUGAGGAAGAUUGAAGCUGUUUGCAUUGGCAGUUUCAUGAACUUUUUGUGUUCUUGCUGUUUUAAAAUUUAAUUUUUUAGUUUCUCUUUGAAAGAUGUUAAUUGUUCCUUGAGGAGAGACUUGUUAUGGGUGUGUCUGGGGUAAAUUCUCAGCUUAGUUAAGUCUUAGGUGGCUAUAUAUUACUAGUAAAACUGAAUGAACUUGACUGUUCUCAUGUCAGUUCCUUUUUAAUUACCCUUAAUGAUUUCAUACUGGGAAGUUAUUAACCUGAAUUUGUUGGCUACAUUCAGUCAUUACUUGCAGUUUACCUUUCAAUUUAUUUCUACAGUAACAAUGCAAGCGUACAGUCAAUGAAAACUUCAGUGAUAGAGCAGAAGGAUAUUGCAGCUGCCAGAGAUAGCUUAAAAGCUACAAGAAGGUAAGUUGGGCAAGAACUGUCAAUGAAACUGCAGAUAUUUCACCAUUGGAAACAAGAACUGACAAUUUCAUUGUCUCUAUUCUUUCCUCUUUGACCUAGAUCAAAAUAAUUUUUUUACUUUUGAUUACUCAUCUUCACAUUCACACUUUUUUCCCUUUUGGUAAUACAGAGUUAACAUGAUGUAUUCUAAGUAACCGUGGUAUAAUUAUGCCCAAGAAAAGUCAAAUAAGUCAAAUAAUUGGGUUUACAUAUUUGCUCUAAGUUAAAUUCAUGUCCCAAGGCAAGACAACACCAUUUUUCUUGUAAGUAUUCAGUAAGUCCCAGAAGAUGGCCAUCAUAUUAAGUAUUUCAUUUUUAUCUCAAUGUUCUUUUCCUCUGGCAGUUCCUCAGAUGAUUCUCCCUAUCAGCUAUCCAGGGCAAGAAGGAGGGAAAGUGACAGUGCACAGGAGGAAAAUUAUUCUUUGUUCAACAUGGAACUGAUAAAGAAAUUUCAUAAUGCACGUAGUCCAUCAAGCAGUCCAUCUGGAAAUAUUACAGUGGCUGACUCUGGCUUUGAGAGUCCUUAACCCUUUAACUCUAUGACAUGAUUGACAUAUAACUUCUCCUUACAAUAUCCCUACAUAAUACAGCAAACAGGUAGUGAGAAUGCUCAAACUUAUCAGGUUAAAAUAGGCCAAUUUACAGUUGUGUAGUUAGUUGCCAAGCCUUUGAUUUGGAGUGAGGCUGAAGGUGAUCUUGUUGUGAUAGAGACCAGUAUCUAGUUAGCAUGAUAACAAAGAAAUUUGCAUUUGAAAAGCAGCAAGGUUUUUAUCAUAACAAGGUCAACCUUAGCCUCACUCUUGUUCAAAGGCUUGGCGACCAAGCCCAGAACUGUAAAAUGGACUAUCAUCAUCCUCAUCCAACACCAAAUUCAUGUAACAAAUUUACAUUGGAAUGUGUAGCAGCUGGAGGGGAGAAUUAAUGAUCAGAUCUAGGUAGUUAAAGAGUUAAAGUACAGACCUAGAUUAGCCACUCUUAAUUCCAAGGAAAUACCGUGUGCACAUUGUCCAAUGAAAAAAAAAACCUGGAAGGAAAUGCUGGAUUCAGAAAAGGUUUUCUAUGAGUAACUAUAAGUGCCAAACAAUACUGUUAUUGUUUUUCUCCUGUGCUACUCUCUUUUGUCUAAACCUUCAGUUCACAAUAUGUUAUUCUCUCUCUUUUGAACACAUUUUGAUUCUAUCUUUCAAAUUAGAGGGUGGGCUAGUGUAGAUUUUAGGGACUUGAUAUUUUUUACUGAGAUCUCACCAACCUUACUGGUAAUUUUUUUGCCCAGUCACCCACCUCUCUCCACUGUGACAUACAUUGCAACACUCUAGGGUUUACAGAGUUGUAAAGUAAAAUGAGAGAGAACAAAAUUCUGCUGAUAACAAGAAAUCAGCAAAAGUAGAAAUUUUAACAGAGGUAAAGGAUGAAAAGACCGACUAUGUGGUAAAUGAACUUAGUAUUAUAUUUGAGGGUAUUAAUUGGGUUAAAUUUUAGUGCUACUAAUGAUUAACUAUUUUUGUUGUUAAUAGUUAAUGUGGGAAGAAACAAUUACAAUAGGGGAAUGCACUCUUGAGUAAGUAAUAUUUCAAAGAUUAUGCACAAGGGAUGUAAAACACGUUAAAAUUGCAAUUUAUUAAAAAAAAACACGCUUAAAGAUUACAAAUCAAGAAGUGAAUUAGAAAGCUCAUUCUAAGAAAAGUUUACUUCCUUGGAUUGUUUACGUUAUGGUUCGAGCUUUAAUUAUUUUUUAAUAGCAUACACCACUUCAUGUCAACAAUGCAACAAAGUGAUAAUUUUAUUACAUGUUAAGUUACCUGUAGAUUAAGGAUCUCACCUGAAUAACAUUGAAUUGAAAUAUCAGUAUUUCGUAGGUCAUAUUUUGAGAUGAACAAUUAAU